AUGCUCCACCUCCGGCAGCGCGUCCUCUCUCAUCUCCUCUCCGCCGCGCCGUCUCCUUCCACCUCCCCACUCCCCUCUCUCCGCCGCCUCCUCUCCGCCGCCGCUGCCCCCCGCAUUUCACCGAACCCUAGCUUCGCCGUGGAGGAGUACCUCGUCUCCACCUGCGGCCUCAGCCGUGCCCACGCACUCAAGGCCUCCGCCAAGCUCUCCCACCUCAAGUCCCCCUCCAAGCCCGACGCCGUCCUCGCCUUCCUCGCCGGCCUCGGCCUCUCCGGCGCUGAUGUAGCAGCCGUCGUCGCCAAGGACCCGCGGUUCCUCUGCGCCGGCGUGGAGAGAACCCUGUCCCCCGUCCUCGCCGGGCUCACCGGCCUCGGUCUAUCCCCUUCUGAUAUUGUGCGCUUCGUCUUGCUCGUCCCCGACAGCUUCCGCCAGAGAUGCGUCGUCUCCAAGCUAGAGUACUACCUGCCGCUCUUCGGCUCCAUCGACAACAUGGUCCGGCCGCUCAAAUACGGCCCCGGCUUCCUCGACUCUGACCUCGAGAGGGUUGUCAAGCCCAAAGUCAAGCUCCUAGCAGAGUGCGGGCUAGGUGCUUGUGAUAUUGCCAAGCUCUUCAUCCAGGCACCAAUGAUACUUGGCUCCAAACCAGAGCGUUUCGUGGCGAUGGUCGCGUGCGCCGAAGGUAUAGGUGUGCCCCGUGGCUCUGGAAUGUUCAGGCAAGCGCUGUACGCCGUCUCAUGCUUCAGCGAGGACAAGAUCGCUGCCAAACUGGACUACUUGAAGAAGACACUUAGGUGGUCAGACGCCGAGGUUGGCAUUGCUGUGUCCAAGGGUCCGUUUCUGCUGAGGAGGUCAAAUGACGUGCUGCAGCGCCUGUCAGAGUUCCUGAUCUGUGAGGUGGGGUUGGAACCGACAUACAUUGCUCAUCAGCCGACUAUUCUCAGUCGUAGCCUUGAGGGGCGGCUCAGCCCACGGUACUAUGUUAUGAGGUUUCUUAAGGAAAAUGGAUUGCUCAAGCAUGGCCCAAGCUACUGUACAAUUGUUAAAUGGACCGAGAAAAAGUUCUUGGAGAACUUCAUAUGCCCUCACAAGGAAGCUGCACCAUACCUUGCUGAAGACUAUGCGGCUGCUUGCAAAGGGCAAGUGCCGGCUAGAUUCAGAUUUACAUGA